AUGCUGAAUCAAACCUCAGUCACUGAAUUUCUCCUCCUGCGAGUGACGGACAUCCAAGAACUGCAGCCUUUUCUCUUUGUGGUUUUCCUCACCAUCUACUUUGUCAAUGUGGCUGGGAAUGGAGCUAUCCUGAUGAUUGUCAUCUCUGAUCCAAGACUCCAUUCACCUAUGUAUUUCUUCCUGGGAAACCUCUCAUGUCUAGAUAUUGGCUACUCCACAGUGACACUGCCAAAGAUGCUGGAGAACUUCCUCUCUACACACAAAGCAAUUUCUUUUGUGGGAUGCCUAAGCCAGCUACAUUUCUUUCACUUCCUGGACAGCACAGAGGCCAUGUUAUUGGCUGUGAUGGCCUUGGACCGCUUUGUGGCUAUCUGCAAACCACUUCAUUACACUGUCAUCAUGAAUCAUCAGCUCUGUACCCAGAUGGCUGGCACAGUCUGCGUCAUUGGGUUUUUCCAUGCCCUGCUGCACUCCAUAAUGACUUCUAACUUGAACUUCUGUGGCUCCAACCAAAUCCAUUACUUCUUCUGUGAUAUUAAACCAUUGCUGGAGUUGGCCUGUGGGAACAUUGAGCUCAACCAGUGGCUGCUCAAUACCAUCACAGGGACCAUUGGUAUGGGCCCUUUCUUUCUCACCCUUCUCUCCUAUUUCUACAUUAUCAUCUGUCUUGUCUUCAAGACCCAUUCUUGCAGCGUGCUUCAGAGAGCACUGUCCACCUGUGCCUCUCACUUCAUGGUACUUAUUCUUCUCUAUACUCCUGUUCUCUUCACCUAUAUGCGUCCUGCCUCAGGUAGCUCCGUGGACCAGGACAGGGUCAUUGCUAUCAUGUACACUGUGGUCACUCCUGUACUAAAUUCACUGAUCUAUGCUUUGAGGAACAAGGAAGUGAAAAGGGCUUUGAUCAGGGCGAUCAGAAAGAAGCUAUGACUUGAAGGAUCUAGGGAACUCUUCUGAAGCAUAAAUAAGCAGGCAAUAAGAAAGUUGAGAUAUGAAUUCAUACUACUUCUCAAAUUGUUUAGAAUAGUUAUGAAAGUGGGAACUAAAUAAAGGAACUAUA